AUGCAGACACUAAAGGAGUUACAAGCCUUUGGAAGAUCGUUGUUGCUUGAUGCAGACAACUAUGGGUAUUGGAAGGUCAAGGUUAUGAACCUUAUCAAAGGAAUUGAUGAGGAUGUCUGGAUCACAGUUCAGAAGGGGUGGACGAUUCUAAAAGUCAUCAUUGAUGGUGUGGAGACGCUUAAGCCCAACGAACAAUGGACGGUGAAUGAAAAGAAAGUUUCAACACUAAAUUCAAAAGCACUUUCAAUCAUCUUCAACACUGUGGAUUCAGAUGAAUUCAAACAGAUCCAAGCAUGCAAAACCGCCAAAGAAGCUUGGGAUACCUUGGAAUUGAUACAUGAAGGAACAUCAAGUGUUAAGACGAAAAGGCGUGACAUUGUCAAACAUCAGUUUGAUAAGUUGGAGAUGGAUGAGGAUGAAAGCGUGAAGGAGUUUUGUGGAAAACUCAGUGCAUUGGCGAAUGAAGCUGCAACUUUGGGAAAGCAGUACAAGGAUAGUAAACUGGUCAACAAAUUAAUCAUGAGCUUACCGGAGAAAUACAUACCUCAAAUUGCUGCAUUCCAGAUGGUACACAACACUGACAAUGUAAGUUUCAAAGAAACCAUCGGUAUUUUUGCUGCUCAUGAAUUAGAGUUGAAUAUUAUCAGAAAAAAGUCAGUGCCACCUCGCAAAAAAGGAGUAGCCCUUCACGUUCCAGAAGAUGACUCGCUUCAUAUUACAGCUGAAGACGAUAUGUCACUUAUAUUGAAAAAAUUCAAUAAGUUUUUCAAGAAAAAAGCUUCAUAUCCCCAAAAGCAAGAAGCAAAAGAGACCAACAGAUGUUUGGAAUGCAAGGGAAAAGGACAGUGGAAGGCAAAUUGUCCUAGUGUUGCCAAAAGAGAAACUGUCUUGAAGAGCCUUCAAGAGAUACAAUGCUAUGAAUGUCAGGGCUAUGGUCAUACGAAAAAAGAGUGUUUGGAAAAAUCCAAAGGAAAAGGAAAAGUCAUUAUCAAUCAUGACAGCUCUGAGAUAGAAUCUGAAGAAGAAGAAGAGGAAGAGUUAUCAAACUUAUGUGCAUUCAUUGGGAUCAUAGAUGAAGAAUCUGAUGAUGAAGAGGUAUAUGUGAACGAACUCUACAAUGAGACAAUGAAGAUCUACGAGAUUAACAUGAGACUGGUCAAGGAGAAGAAGGAAUUGGAGCUGCAACUAAAAGAAGCAAAGACCGAAAUAGUGCUACAGGAAGAGGAGAUCACUCACUUGAAACGACAAAUAGAAGAAACAAAGAAGAAUGUACGAAUGCUUGGAAGUGGAACAGAGAAGUUGGACUAUCUGCUCGGCGUGGGCAGACAUGAUCCUAGACAUACAGGGCUUGGAUACAUUUGGAUAAGGAAGGAUGCUCUUAACUAUAAUGUGGCAUUGACCUCUGAGCAAAGUAAUCAUGAUAACAUAUGGUACCUUGAUAGUGGUUGUUCAAGGCAUAUGACAGGGAAGAAGGAGUUGCUGUCAAAUUUUGUCAGUGAUAAGAAAGGAGACGACGUGACAUUUGGUGAUGGAAAGAAGGGAAAGAUGGGACUUAAGGCAAAUUUGAUCAGCAUUAGUCAACUUUGUGACAAUGGUAUGAAGGAAAACGAACAACAAACCACUGUUAUACCUGGACAGAAAAGAACAAAAAUCAGCCAAAGUGUUUCAAAGUAUCCACCACUGACAAGUCAGGGGAUGUUCACAGAAUGUCAGAGCUCACUCACGAAGAGAAAAUUGUACCCAAGUCAUGUCGACAAACUCGAGUUCAACACAGGAGGAUAA